CUCUUGCCAGACCUGCCUCAAAAUGGAUGCGGUGGUGAACUCUGAGCUCAGGGAAGAAGCGCAUGAUGGUUCGAUUAAUGUUGAAAGCCUCCCGAAGCAAGUCAUAUUCAAAAGCCUUGCUCCAAGGGUUGUCUUGUCAAACCGUCUUCUGCCCAAGGGCACCAAGACCAAGGUGAAUCUGGAGGAGCAGGGGCGACAGAAGGUCUCCUUCAGCCUAAACCAGAUAAAGACAAAACCACGACAGAACGUAUUCCUAUCUCCCCCAAGCCCAGAAAAAACUCAGAACGAACUCUCGUCACCUACACUGUCUGUGACCUCACCCACCGUGGAUUUGGUCGGACAGUUUACUGAGGGCACAAAUGAAGAAGUAGAUGCACCUGUGGGAGGGCCAGUCAUGGCUGAGUCCCAGACACACCAGCCGUCAGUCUCCUUGCUCCCUAAAUGCAAAGUGGACCUGGGAAGAAUGCACUUCAAGAAGCAAAUUCUCAGCGUGUCUGUCCCGGAGGAAUGUUCUACAGUUGGUGCUGUUCCAGAGGAACCUUCUACUGAGCAGGAAGUUUUUAUCAGAUCUCUAGCUAGAAUUGAAACUGAAACCUCAACACUUAAAACUCCUCAGAACAUUGUCAGUGAUGGCCCCUCUGAAAAUGUUUGCACAGAGGAAAAACUCGAGGUGAAACAAGACUCGCGCCUUAAGGGGCCAGUUGAUUAUUCCCAUAUUGGGAAAGAAAAUAAAGGUAGCUCCAGCACCACGGACCAUGAUGACCACAAAAAGGUCCAGUCCCAAUCAGAUAGUAUACUUCCUAGUUCAGAAUCUGAUGGAGAUUCAGUACAGACGUCUUCCAGUCAUAAGUCCAGUGAUCCCAAGAACCUUUCUAAAUCUGACAACAAUAGGCACAAGGAUACAAAAAGGACAUCUUCUGGUUCCAAAGUAGAGGAGAUGGAAAAGUCAUCCCGAUCUGAGAAGAGGGACGAAAAGGAUGAUAGGAUUUCCAGUCGCUCAAAGUCAGAACGUGACUCCAGGCAUACGUCCUCGCGGUCUUCUCGUUCUGAUAGAGACAGGAGAAGAUCAAGGAGUCGAUCACGGUCUAGAUCUCGAGGUUCUCGAACUAGUUCGUCAUACUCCAGAUCUGAGAGAUCAAGAAGUGAUAGAGAAUCAAGGUCAGAUAGGUCACAUUAUCACGACUCUGAGCGGAGGUCACAUAGGAGCCCUCUUCAUCGCGAAAGAAGAAGCUCGCGCUCUCGAACAGAUGGCAGAUCCCGGGACAGCUCUGAUUCUGAGGAUGACCACAGAAGGACGCGAACCCGCGGCAGCGAUUCAAGCAGAACAUCCACUCACUCCAGCUCACAAAGAGAUUCAAAAUCCUCGUCUUAUUCCAAAUCUCACAGGGACUCAAAAUCUAAAGAAUCCUCUUCACGUUCGUCCGAAUCAGACAAGAGAACGCAAUAUUCAAAGUCUGAGAGAUCCAGCGGGCGAACUGCCGACACAGAGCCCAGUAGAAGGAGUUCUCCUGAGGCUGACUCUGUCCACAGAAAACUGAACGCUCGCCCAAAAUCAGAUGCAAAUGCUAAAUCAACUAAUUCUAGCCCAGUUGCCGUUUUACUGUCAUCUGAGAAAAAGACCCAGAAAAGCAGUGGGAGUUCUGACUCUGAUGAAGAGCACAAAAGAACGUCACGAUCGCAAGGCUCCGACAAGUCCUCUGGAUCCUGCAGCUCCUCCUCAAAAAAGGACCACGUGGAUUCAAAGUUGAUAGAGAGCGUCCCUGGAGCAGACAGACAAUCAGCAGGUGGCAGUCCAUCUAAGAAACAAACACAUCCAAGCUCAGGCAAAGAUUUUUCCCAGCGGGAGUCUGUGAAAGUAGAAGCUGCCACUCAGCAUGUUGUUAGUAGCCAGAAAGAAAUGGAAGGACACAGGCAUCCAACCACUGAGCAAGGACCAACGCAUGGCCUUGGCAAAUCUAAUGUGAAACCUCUAGAAUCUUCCCUCCAACACAACCAGCAAGAACCUCCUUUAGACAGUUUAAUCAAAAGGCAGUACCAGGAAGAUCAGAGUGAAAAGACAGAUUAUAGUAACCUUGUCAAAGACACAAAUGACAAUGAUACCAGCUCAGCCUUUGAGACACUGAAGAAAUACAAUGAAGCGGUCCCAUUUGUGCCUCAGCCAGGCCGAGUAACCAGACAAAUGGUUGUUUCACCAGAAGCUACUGGUCAUCAUUCUGCAGAUAGUAAGACUUCCCAUAGUGGCAGUCAUUUAUGUGAAAAUAUUGCCUCAAGUAAAAUUGACAAAGUGUCUUCAGAGCUUCAUCUAGAAGGGCAGCACAAGAUGAUUCCUGUCCAAAACGAUACGGGUUAUACUGCAGAGCAAGUUAAUGUAGCACAUGUCAGUACUAGUGAACAUAAAGCAUCAUCUGGCUUGGAUGAGCCAGCUCAUCCAGACUUAACACCCUGUCAGGAUUCAUUUGGAUCACAGUCAGGAACACUUUCUGUGAAAGAAUCGCAAUCUGGUGAACACUUGAAGCUGAACGCUAAUCCCAUGCAUUCCAUUGGAGAAGUUACUAACAGGCCAUCAUGCACAAACCUCACCCCAACCGUUGGCUCUUCGUGCAAAGUUCAGAAUGCCGAGCAACUGAAUCUGAACAAUGAUCCGUGUAACGCUGGGUCUGUGAGAAAAAGCAGCAUGAAGAAAUCUCGUUGGGAUAUUGUUGGACAAGAUACUUCUGAAACGGACAGCCUUCAGAAGAGGGUCAAUCGUGACGCCACACCCCCUGUGAAGAAGGUGAUCUCAGUCAAGAGAAUAGAGUUUAACAGUGACCCAUGCUUUGAGGACCCAUGCCUGAAGAAAAACAAUUUCAAACAGGAUGCUGAAACACAUUCCAAAAAAAUUGUGGAGGUGCAGAAAGGUGAUUUGUCAAUAGCAAAGUCACCUGGAAGAAGUAGUGGAGCCCAUACUGAGCCGUUUGACCUCAAAACACAGCGCACUGGUGAAUUUAGCAGUUGCCAUUUAGAUGUGAAAACAAAUAGUAAUGAAAUUGCAACAGAUUCUGUGAAAUUCAGUUGUCCAACUGGCCCUAAUGAUUUUACACUAAAUCAGAUUGAUGAGAAUUUGGAUGAAUCCCAAAAACCCAGACAGUCUGAAGUACCAGUGUCUGACAACCCUGACAGUAGGUGUCACAGUGAGGACAGUGAGAGUGAAGACUCUGAAUCUGACUCUGAUGAUGGGACAGUUUCUAUGAAACGGCUGCAUUCGGUGGUAGUCGUGCCAAAGAAGUCCAACUUAACCUUAGAAUCAAAGGAUCAACUUGAGACUUCAGGAAGUCCUUCAAGGAGCAACCACGCAGAUGAUGGAAGUAAAGCUAUGAACAGGGAAACUUCAUCUUCUCAGUCUAGACAUGGUGCACCAUCGACGGUGCUCUCUGAGGGUAGUAAAAAGCAAGGCGUUGCACCUAGCACUUGUGGAAAACAUCACUCAGUUUCUACUGCUGGUAUGACCUACCAGUCUCAAAGCAACAUGGUGGACAGUACCAGUCACUCAGAGGCUACCAAUGCAUUGCCUCAUCACACGGAUAGAAAAAACAGUGCCCAUGAAAGACCAAAGAUGUGUGGACCAGUAAACCAAGAGCAAGCCCCACGUCUAAAUGAGACUGACAUGGGUCGUCGCUAUGACAAGCCAGAUAGCUGGCACAGUCGAAAGGAUGGGUGGAAACCAUAUGGAAACUUUUCCAUCCUAGAGCACUUCAACAGCCAGGAUGCCUUUAGUCAGGGUGUAGACUUCAACCAACCAGAGCAACCCAGCAGCACCUUCCAGCAACCAGACAGCAGUCAUGCCACUGUGCUACACCCAGCACAGUCUGGCAGCGUUCAGUUUGACCAUGUAUAUAGGCAAGGCAAUGGUCACUGGACCCAGCCUGCUGCUUCCCAUGUGAACAGACCAGUUUAUGUGCCAGUGCCUUACCACGAUUCAGUGGGCCAGAUCCACCCUGAUUCUCUGACCAAUGACCAUGGGGAGGACUAUGAGAGAAGGACGGGGGGAGUCAAACAUGUUGCUGCUCCGUCUAACGAGCCCCCCGCCUCGUCCACAUUUGUCCAGGCCCAUGAAAUAAGCAGUAACUGCAGCUUUGCAGGUGCCGCCCCAGAACAUUUCGCUGCCACAGAAGCUCGAAGAGAGGAGCUGCUAAAGCCCCAUAAGGGAAGAGGUCCACCCAAGAAGAGACGUCCGGAGAUCGAGUCAGACUCUGACAAUGAAGCAGAGCCAGGACUUGCCAACAAAAGAGAGCGCAUGGAAGAGUGUGAAGCCUCCAGGGACUCGAAAACCUCUAAGGAGACCUCGGGCCAAUCAGAAGAGGAAGAGAGGCCACUGCUGAGCCUUGACGAUUUCUUAGAUCCUGUUGUGUGGAAGGAGAAGGCUAAAAUGAAGAAGAUGCCACCUUACUUUGACCUUAUUGAGGAGAACAUGUAUCUGACUGAACGUAAGAAGAACAAGUCUCAUCGGGACAUCAAGCGAAUGCAGUGUGAGUGUGCAGUGCUCUCGAGGGAGGAGCGGGCCAGGGGAAUGAUGGCCUGUGGUGACGACUGCCUGAACCGUCUGCUGAUGAUCGAAUGCUCAUCACGGUGUUUGAAUGGAAGUUACUGCUCAAACCGACGCUUCCAGAUGAAACAACAUGCUGAAUUUGAAGUCAUUCUGACUGAAAACAAGGGCUGGGGCCUACGGGCGGCCAAGGACCUGCCACCGAACACAUUUGUGCUGGAAUACUGUGGGGAGGUUCUGGAUCACCGGGAAUUCAAGUCUAGAGUGAAGGAAUACGCCCGUAGCAAGAACAUCCACUACUAUUUUAUGGCAUUAAAAAACAAUGAAAUCAUUGACGCCACACUCAAGGGCAACUGCUCACGCUUCAUGAACCACAGCUGUGAGCCCAACUGUGAGACCCAGAAGUGGACUGUGAAUGGUCAGCUCAGGGUUGGCUUCUUCACCACCAAAGCUGUGAAGGCUGGAACAGAACUCACUUUCGAUUAUCAGUUCCAGAGAUACGGGAAAGAGGCCCAGAGGUGUUUGUGUGGCACUCCCAGCUGUCGGGGUUUCCUGGGAGGGGAGAAUCGGGUCAGUGUACGGGCGGCUGGGGGUAAGAUGAAGAAAGAGCGUUCUCGGAAAAAGGACACUGUCAGCGCCCUCACCACGGUGGAUGAGGAGCUGGAGGCUCUGCUGGAGAACGGGGAGGGACUGUCGGACGAAAAGGAGGUGAUCUCCCUCUGUCGCCUCAUGGUGCGCGUGGAGACCAUGGAACAGAGACUCACCUGUGUCAAACUCAUUCAGAAUACCCAGAAUCCCUCUUGCCUGAAGCAGUUUCUGGAUCACCAUGGCCUCUCGUUGCUCUGGAUAUUUAUGGUUGAGCUUUCAGAGGCAAAAGGCAACUCUGUCAACAACAUCAAGCUUCAGCUGGAGAUCAUGAAAGCUUUGGCAGUUCUGCCAAUUUCCACCAAGAACAUGCUUGAGGAGAGUCGUGUGCUGCAGUUCAUCCAGCGCUGGGCUCAGAACAGGCCUCUUCCCCAGGCUCCCGAACAGGACGGCUAUUCCAGCGAGAGCACCUCCCGUGCCCAGACGCCCCUCAACACCCCCGACGGCCCCCCAGCCAAACUGGUGCCAGAGCUGGACAGCGAAACUCCAAAACGGGCGGUGUAUCGGCGUCUGAAGAUCAUCAGUGAGAACAGCCUGGACAGCGCCCUCUCAGACGCCAGCAAAGCUUCGGACGGAAAGGAGGAAGACGAGGAGGACGAAGAGGAGGAGGAGAUGGAGGACGACGGCUCACAGACAGAGACGACCGUUGGUGAACAGGUAAAGGCGGAGGCGGGUGAAGCUGCAGUGGUUGGAGGCGUGGCUGAACAGAUGGAGGUGAACAGAGAGACGUCAGAGGCUACGGACAGCAGCGAGGUCAAGACUGAGUCUGAGGAGACUGGAAAGAGUUUGGAGGAGAGGUCAGAGGAGCAGGCUGUUCAGGAGCGACCUGGUCCCUUAGACGAGUCCCAGCCAAGCCAGGCUGGUGAGAAGGUGGCUGAUGAGACGACGCCCGUCUCUGAUGAAUCAGUAGAGCUGGAUAGCUCAGCAUGUCAGGCAGAGCCCAGUCAAACGGAGGCCUCUACUACAGAACAGUUCUCUGCUGCCACUGAGGUCAAAGCUGAGGACAGCAUUUCUGUGGAGGAGCUGCCCUCAGUCCAGGAAACUCCUGUUCCACAAACCUCUGAGGAGAGCACAGAGUCUUCUGGACCUUCGUCCUCUCCAGAGAACGAGUCCUCUGAACCCUCUGCUUUUCCCACGGGUAACACAGCCUCAGAACUCCCCAGCGUUCCUAUGGAAAGCACACCUUCCGAUUCGACUGUUGCUAACACGGAAGCCGCCUCGUCGGAGUCUUCCACCCUCUCCAAGGAGACCACUCCUCCAGUAUCCAGCAUCACCCCUACGGAAAACACUCCAUCCGAGGUCACUCCGGCCGCUGCCGAGACUUCAGCGGCUCUCACCACGGAUGUCACGGCAGUGGGCUCCUCCGCACCCCAGGCGGAAGGCGUUGCCGUGGGAACGCCCUCCCAGGAUGAAGAGGAGGGCGUGUCUGAUGUGGAGAGCGAGAGAAGCCAGGAGCCUCAGGUCAGGGCUGCGGAUAUCAGCGACAUGGCCGCGCGUCUGCUGGAAAGCUGGAAAGACCUCAAGGAGGUGUACAGGAUACCCAAGAAGAGUCAAGUGGAGAAAGACGCCAACGACCGCAGUCGAGAUCGGGAUGCUCUGCUGACUCCUCGCGCGGCCUCAGGCAGUCGGGAACGGGACAGAGACAAGGACAGAGACCGAGACCGUGACUGGGAACGAGACCGGGAUUGGGACAGGGACAGAGACGGAGACAGGUCGACACUCCGCAGCGGCGAGAGACGCAGGAGACGACCGUCUGCUUCUCCACCUCCUGCCUUUGCGUACGAGAGGAGCAGUCGCUGGAAUGAAGACCGGUUUGCAGAGAAUAGCAACAGUAAGAAGAAGAGUCGCACUAAAGAGCGUAACAAGCUCUCCACGGAGGAGAGACGGAAGCUCUUUGAGCAGGAGGUGGCACAGAGGGAGGCCCAGAAACAGCAGCAGCAGCAGCAGCUCCAGACGCUGGCCUUCGAUCCGCUCGCCUUCUCCUCCAGCCCUCACGGCUUUUUGGCUUACCCCCCCGGCUACCCCAUUCAGACCUACGUGGACCCCACCAACCCAAACGCGGGGAAAGUCCUCCUGCCCACCCCUGCCGUGGAGCCCCUCUGUCCCGCCUCCGCUGCCCUUGCUACUGUGCCUUUCGAGCAAACGCCCCCGCAGCGGAUCCUGUCGGACCUCGCGCUAGCCUCUCCCUCCUCCACCACUCAGGGAGGAGCUGCUGCCAGCCUGCCUCACAUGCCCGCGUCCCUCGAGCUGGCGUCGGGCGCGGAGCCGUUUGCGCCGCCUGCGGUGGCCACUCAGGACCCCGGCGUCGCUGUACUGUCGGUCCCCGCGCCAACGGCAAACCCGCAGGUGCAAGGUACCCAAACCUACACCCCCCUGUGGGAACCCAGCAUGCAGCAGACAGUCACUGUGCAGACUCAGCCGGCACAGCAGUACUCCACGACUGCGCAGCCGCAGACAGCCAUCUACUACCCAGGCCAGCCCUGCCAAACCAUCUACAGCAUCCCCGCUGCCUACCCACAGGCCAACACACCAGUCAUACAGACGUACACUGAGCCGACGGCGAGCUAUCUGCACAGUCAGCAGGUGUAUGCAGGUCACCAGCAGGGAGUGGUGGUUCAGCAGGGAGGCACUGUCACCACCAUCGUUACGUCCCAAACAGUGCAACAGGAGCUGGUGGUACCCAACAGCAUCAUGGACCUGCCUCCUCCAUCCCCACCCAAACCCAAAACCAUCGUCCUCCCCCCUAACUGGAAGGUGGCCCGCGACCCAGAGGGCAAGAUUUACUACUACCAUGUAAUUACCAGACAAACGCAGUGGGACCCGCCUAGUUGGGACGGGGCCAGUGAUGACACUAGUGUGGACCACGAGGCUGAGAUGGACUUGGGCACACCGACAUACGACGAAAAUCCCUCCAAGUUCUCCACUAAGACAGCUGAAGCAGACACUUCCAGCGAACUGGCCAAGAAAAGCAAAGAAGUCUUCCGGAAAGAGAUGUCCCAGUUCAUAGUCCAGUGCCUUAACCCAUACCGGAAGCCUGACUGCAAACUGGGACGUAUUGGAAACACAGAGGACUUCAAACACCUGGCCAGGAAGCUGACUCACGGUGUGAUGAACAAAGAGCUAAAGUCGUGUAAAAACCCGGAGGACUUGGAGUGUAAUGAGAAUGUCAAACAUAAGACCAAGGAGUAUAUAAAGAAAUACAUGCAGAAGUUUGGCCCCGUGUACCGACCCAAGGAGGACACCGAGAUGGACUAGACCCAGCUGUGCCACAGAGACAUGUCACCAGCCAAAGCCCCGGCCAGUCCCGCCGGAAUCCCGGACGAGCCCCCAACUGCACGCUGGCCUUUCGUCUUAUUGUAGACUUCAGUUAUCCCAGGUGUCGACCAGUUAGUGUAUGACGCUUUUGGGCAGGGUUUGCUCUGGUUUGAAUAAGGUUGGUUUUUAUAGAUGUUUAAUUCUGUUCUAGCAGCUGCUCUGGAGGUGGAAUCUGGGUUUUUCCGUCACACACAGACGGACUGUUAUCAUGGAGAAGUUACUGAAGCCUGGUUUUCACGUGCCUGUUGACGUUGGCACGCAGGGGUGCUAUCUAGACU